ACCUUAGGGCUAAAAGAAUGGGAACUAGACUAGCCCCAGUCCUUCGAACGCGGAUCCAUGUUGCAUGGUGUCUCUCUGUCUUUUCCCCUUGAAACGGUCCUAAGUACGAGAUGGGCUUCGAGAAGGUAAUUGUUAUUGAUGGAGCAGGCCAUCUCCUUGGUCGCCUGGCUUCCAUAAUUGCCAAAUCAGUCUUACAAGGCCAAAGAGUAGUUGUUGUUCGUUGUGAAGACAUAAACAUCAGUGGCAACUUCUACAGAAAUAAACUGAAGUACCUCGAAUACUUGAGAAAGAGGAUGAACACUAAACCAUCAAGAGGUCCAUACCAUUUUAGAGCUCCAAGCAGAAUGUUGUUCAAGACUGUCAGAGGUAUGAUCCCUCACAAGACGAAGAGAGGAAUGGAAGCUCUAAACAGGUUGAAAGUGUUUGAAGGUAUCCCACCAGAGUUCCAAAAAAAGAAAAGAAUGGUUGUCCCUGCUGCUCUCAGAGUUUUAAGGCUUAAGCCAGGAAGAAAGUUCUGUAGACUUGGGCGCUUGUCACAUGAAGUGGGAUGGAAGUACCAGGAUGUUGUCAAGACUCUCGAGGACAAACGUAAAGCCAGGUCUGCUCUCUAUUACGAAACAAAGAAGGGUCUUGAGCGUCUAAAAUCAAAGGCUGAGGUUGAGAAGGCUACUGAGCUCAAGGAGGUCAAUGCAACAUUGGCUCAAUAUGGUUAUUGAUCCAUCAAUUAUUAUAAAAUAUAGAACAUCUCAAA